GACAAAGAUGAAACUCACCAAGCUUCACGAAGUACUAAAAUUCAAGAAUGAUACAAUACAUGCCAUUGUUCAGAUCAUGUUCAAACUCAAGAUCAUUAGCACAACUCCAUGCACAUCUCAUUAUCAAUGGUCUUCACAAAAAUCCACAAGCUUCCACCAAACUUAUAGAGUCUUAUUCCCUAAUGGGUUCCUUAAAAUCUUCAAGACUUGUUUUUUACACAUACCCAAACCCUGAUUCUUUCAUGUGGGGUGUUAUAAUCAAAUGCCAUGUUUGGAACACUUGUUUUCAAGAAUCCAUUUUUCUUUACAACAACAUGAUUAAUCACAUUUCAAGAACCAAUAGUUUUGUUUUUCCUUCAGUUUUAAGGGCUAUUUCUGCAAUUGGUGAUUUGGGUAUUGGUCGAAAAGUUCAUGGAAGGAUUGUAAAAUGUGGGUUUGAGAGUGAUUCCAUUGUUGAGACUGCAUUGUUGAGUAUGUAUGGUGAACUUGGGUGGAUGGUUUAUGCAAAGAAGGUGUUUGAUGAAAUGUCUGUGAGAGAUGUUGUUUCUUGGAGUUCAAUUAUUUCUAGCUAUGUACGUAAUGGGCAAGCUAAUGAAGGGUUGGAAAUGUUUGAAAAUUUGGUUAUGGAAGGUUUUGAAAUUGAUUCAGUGGCUUUGCUUAGUGCAGUUGAGGCCUGUAGUGAGUUAGGUUUAUGGAGAAUGGGGAAGUCUAUUCAUGGUUAUAUAUCUAGAAAGAGUAUAUGGAUCGACGGGUCUUUGACAAACUCACUUGUUUCAAUGUAUGGAAAAUGUGGCGAUACGUGUAGUGCAGAAUUGCUUUUUGACAAUGCUGUUGAUAAGAGUACUUAUACUUGGACAGCAAUGAUCUCAUGCUAUAAUCAAAAUGGUUGCUAUCAUGAAGCAUUGGCGUUGUUUGUGAAGAUGCAUGAGUUUGAUGUGGAAUACAAUGAAGUGACUCUUAUGGCUGUUCUAUGUUCUUGUGCUAGGUUAGGUUGGCUAAACGAAGGGAAGUCAAUACACGGUUAUAUAGUUAGAAAUGCUUUAGAUUGUGAGAGUGAUCUUCUAGGUUCAGCUUUGGUUGACUUAUAUGCUAAUUGUGGCAAGCUAAGUGAUUGCCACAAGGUAUUUGAUUCAUCUCAAGACAGACAUAUCGUCUCGUGGAAUAUGCUAAUAUCAGGUUAUGUGCAGGAAGGAUUUUCUGAGAAGGCAUUGACACUUUUUGUGGAUAUGGUAAGAAAAGGAAUAUUGCCAGACUCGUAUACUCUGGCAAGCGUCCUCUCAGCUUCUGGAGAUAUCGGGUUUUCUGAAUUUGGGUGUCAAAUUCAUAGCCAUGUUAUUAGGACUGGUAUUUCAACGGAGUUUGUCAAGAAUUCCCUGAUUGACAUGUACAGUAAAUGUGGACUUGUUGACUAUGCGUUCACGAUAUUCAAGGAUACACAAGAAAGAAGUGUUGUGACUUGGAAUUCAAUGAUGUGUGGUCUUACCCAAAAUGGUUUCUCUCAUGAAGCUAUCGGUCUUUUUGAUGAGAUAUACUCAAACUUGAGCGAAAUGGAUGAAGUGACCUUCUUGGCUGCAAUUCAAGCAUGCUCGACUAUAGGAUGGCUGGAGAAGGGAAAAUGGGUUCACCAUAAGUUAAUCCUCUUCGGUUUGAAGCAUGAUAUGUAUAUUGAUACUGCACUAAUGGACAUGUAUGCUAAAUGUGGAGACCUCCGGAUGGCUCAAAGAGUUUUUGACAGUAUGUUGGAAAGGAGCAUAAUAUCUUGGAGUGCCAUGAUAGGUGGUUAUGGAAUGCACGGUCAAAUCGAUGAUGCCAUCUCACUCUUUGAUGAUAUGGUAAAUAGUGGAAUAAAACCGAAUGAUAUCAUUAUAACAAAUAUUCUAUCUGGUUGCAGUCAUGCUGGUUAUCUCGAUGAAGGGAAAUAUUUCUUUAACUUGAUGAUUGACUUAAACAUUGAACCCAAACCCGAACAUUUUGCAUGUCUAGUUGAUCUUCUGAGUCGAGCUGGUGAUAUAGAUAAAGCCUAUGAAGUCAUCACUUCGAUGCCAUUUCCUGCAGAUGUUAGCAUUUGGGGUGCCCUAGUAAAUGGAUGUAGAAUUCACAAGAGAAUGGAUGUUAUCAAGAUGAUUCAACAAAGGCUUGAAAACAUGCAAACAGAUGAUACGGGAUACUAUACCUUAUUAUCCAACAUAUAUGCAGAAGAGGGAGAAUGGAACGAAUCUAGGAUGGUGAGGUCAAAGAUGCGAAGUUUGGGUAUAAGAAAGCUCGAUGGCUAUAGUAUGAUUGAAGUUGAGAAAGGAAUACAUACCGGUAAAGCACAUGACACAUACUCAUUUGCAUAAAGGGAGGUCUCAAGCUUAUGAUUUUCUAGAUUUGGCUGGUAAUUGCAUUGUGAUUGAUGUUCUGUUAUUGGACGCUAGCUGCUUUCAUUGUUUCGGAAAGAAUGGGUUACCCUGGGAACACAAGAAAAAAGCUGAAAUUAGCUACGAACUUCUUCGCCAAUCCGUCACUAAAUUGCUCAUACAGACGGAUUUUGCUGUUUAGCUACAGAAUUUGUCCGUCGCUAAUUCUUGUUUUUUUAUAGUAGUUACAGACUCUGAACUGGAAAUGAUUGCUGAUCCAUCAAAAUCUGGCUAAGAGGGAUAGCUGUUUCUGGUUCAGCAGGAGACUUUCUUCAACAGCUUCCCAAGGGCCCAUUUUUCUACUCCAACAAUCCUUGGCAUUCAGACAGCACUAUGAAACUCAGUCAUCUGAAGCCGAAUCAAGAAAGAUGAGAAAUGGAACGAAAUGCAUAUGUUACCCUACAUGAGAAUGCAAACGAAAAUGGAGACGAAAGAGAAGUGUCCAUAAUCCAUAUUUUGAUGCUGCAUGGCACCGCGCAUUCUACUUGAAGCAUUGGGAAAACCUGGCUAAACACAACCUUGCUGUGUGUUCUGACUAGUUGCUGCAAGUGUGAAGCCAAUGUUAGCAAUGUUGUUGCAGUAAGCUUGCUGGUUGUCACAUGAGUUUACACCAUUAAAUGGUCAGCACAAAUCGCUUUAAAGCCUAAAGCAGAUUCUCCGUAGGAUAAACAACUCAAUUAUUUCAACUAUAGCGCCAUCAUUUGUAAUUUUACUCUUUCUGUCAUUAUCCCAUGAGGGUUUUAAGAAUCAUUAGCUAAGACAAUCUCAUAUAGUGUACAAUGUUGGUUACAUCAUAAAAUUACUUGUAAUAGUCUCAUUUUGUAUAAUUUUUUAAACUUAGCACUUAAUGUACAAUGUAAUGUGGUU